CCCCCAAAAGUUGUAUCACCGACGAGGUGCCCCCACUUUUUCUUUAACGAUCCAAAGGUAAAGGACAUCCAGUUUUAAACCAUCUCUAGAUAUAGGCAAUCAAUUUUAACACACUAUGAAUUAUUGAGUUUCAUAAAACCGCAGAAUUUACACUAAUUUAGGCCAAUUUAUUAGGGAUCAUUUAUUUCUAAUUCUAUAAAAUUAUAAGAUUUAUAAUAAUUUGUAAACCUGAAAAGAGGUUAUGUUUGAAAACGUCAACAAAACGUCAUCUUAACAGAAAAUUAACAUAACCAAACUUUUACAUAAAGUUCCAAAUCGUGUUAAAUAAUUUUUAAAAGGAUGUCUUUAUUCCGUAAACCGAAAAAGACAAUCCAGCGCCGCGUGUUCACCGAAAACGAUGAUGAAGAAGACGAACCCAUGGAAGUGGAGGAGCAGCCUCCUCAAGACCGCGAACACAAGAAGAAAGAGAGCAAAUCCAAACACAAACCGAAACAGCCCCUUCUCAGCUUUGAAACAGAGGAGGAAGGUGAAGUAUUCCAAGUGAAAAAAUCGUCGCACAGCAAAAAAGUCAUGAAAAUGUUUGAAAAAGAACGCCAAAAGAAAAAAGAGACAAAGCCCGAAAAGGAGAUCAAAUCCAAAGUUAAGACAGAGAUUGUAACCGAUGAUUUAGUCCUAGUAGUAAACCACAAAUCGGCCCCACCUUUGAUUUUGAGCGGCCGUGAUGCGUUAUGUGCUGGUAAAGACGACUUAUCUGAUGAGGAUGAAGCCCCAACCACCCACAAAUUUUCAAAACCGGAUAAUUUUAAGAAGGUUUUAGAGUCGGGGGCGAUCCCUGAUGCAGCUAUGAUUCAUGCUGCUCGAAAACGUCGCCAACGAGCGCGGGAAAUGGGGGAUUACAUCCCAGUGGAGGAAGAAGAGCCUGAAGAUAAGGGAAGAUUAAUGAGGGAAGAUGAUAAUGAUGGGAGCGACGAUGAGAGGAUUGACAUGGAUGUGAAUUUGGCAUUGAGAGACCAAGAACGAAGACGGGAACAGUUUUUAGCGGCGCAAGAGUCGGAUCAAGAAGUGGACGAGUGGGAGCACCAGCAGAUCAGGAAGGGGGUCACAGGGGCCUCUGCCCUGACCUCUGAACUCUUAUACACCGAAUACCAACCCGAAAUUACAACAGUGACAGCCCCCACACAAGCUAUCGAUCCGGGAAUCCCCCGGACUCCACAAAUGAUCGCAGAUAAACUACGAGAACACUACCAAUCCGUGUGCGAGUCACGCGAGAAUAACAUCAAGAAAUUGCAACAGAAUCAGCAAGAUAUUGAGCAAAUUAGCAAGGAAUUGGAUGAGUUGAAAACGAAAGCACCGGUCGCAGCUGAAAGAUUCAAGUUUUAUCAAGAGCUUCGAGGGUACAUCACCGAUUUGGUUGAGUGUCUUGAUGAGAAAGUCGGGGUGAUUGCGAGUUUGGAACAGAGGGCUAUGGACCAAUUGGCCAAACGCUCGGAAUGGUUGAUUGAACGACGAAGACAAGAUGUGCGAGACCAAGCCGAGGAAGCUACGAAUAAAGCCGGAAUGAAGAAAGUUACAGAAGAUGAAGAGAAGAUCAGGAGGGCCGCUGAGAGGGAGGGUAGACGGACUAGGAGACGCAGGGCGAGGGAAAUAGGGGGGCAACCAAAACACGUUGAAGGCAUGUCAAGCGAUGAUGAAAUCUCCCAACAAGACAUGCUCAAUUUUGACAAAGAACGCGAGCAACUCGAGGGCGAAAUCCAGGAGGUUUUCGAGGACGUGGUGGAGGACUACUCCUCUGUUGCGAAUAUUCUGAUCAAGUUUGAGGAGUGGCGAGAGACCGAUUUGGCGGCAUACAACGAGGCUUAUGCCACUUUGUGUCUCCCUAAAGUCGUGAGCCCCCUCGUGAGGCUCGAUUUGAUCUUUUGGGACCCUUUGAACGACUCUUUGGACAUAGAAAGGCUCGAAUGGUACCGAACCUUGGCCUUGUAUGGGUUACACGAUGACGAGAGUGAGGCCACUCUUGCCCAAGAUCCCGAUAUUAACCUCCUGCCAACUAUAGUCGAGAAAAUAAUUAUUCCAAAAUUGACACAGUUGGUGGACCGGUGUUGGGACCCUUUGUCCAGUUCCCAGACUUUGAAACUGGUCGGAAUUAUCACUCGCUACGUUCGCAAGUUUCCAACUUUAGGCCCGGCGAGUAAAGCGUUGAAUAAUUUAUUCAACGCGAUUUUGCACAAAAUGAAGUGUGCCCUUGAACAUGAUGUUUUUAUUCCGCUCACGCCGAAAUUGAUUGAAAGCAAGUCGCCCUUUUUUCAAAGACAGUUUGCUAGCGGGUUGAAAUUGUUGAAGAAUAUUACGAGUUGGCAAGGUGUGCUCAACGAUAAUACACUCAAAGAAUUGGCGUUGAAUUCAUUAUUGAAUAGAUAUUUGCUGAGUGCUGUAAAGUUUUGUUUAUUGACUGAUGCGGUGUCUAAAGUUAGUUUAAUUAGUUUGAUUUUGCCAAGGAUUUGGUUACAGAGUAACACUGCGGAAUUAAAAAUGUUUAGUUCGAGUGUGUUGAAUCUGUCCCAGCAGUUGGAUAAAAAUAAUCCUCUGCAUUUGGAAAGUAUUGAUAUUUUAAAUAAUAUUCUUAAAACAUUGCGCACCUAAAUGUAUAAUAGUGUGAUAAUAAAAUGAAAUUUUGAUGAAGAUUUUUCUUUGAAUAGUAUUGUGGGUGUCUUUGAAUCCUACACCCAGUCUCAUUUAAUUAAAAACUGUUUUUACUCAUGAGACUGCAAACAUGGCUUCGUUUGUUUUACUCUUCGCUUGCAUUUAUUUUAAUACAGUCACCGUUCAAAAAAACUGGAUAUUUAGAAGAAACCGAACAUUCCGAAUUAAACAAAAUUGCUUUGUUUGGUAAAUUUUUUAGCAAUGUUAUAAAUAAUGCCAUUAUGUUCACUAUGGUACAAUUACAAAUGUACAGAAAAAUUUUCAUCGAGUAUGAUGUUGCAAGUUUUGAAAAUUUUAGUAUUUUAACGGACAUUUUUAAUUACGGCUAUGAAAUGCAAGACAAUUUUUGGAACAUUAUUUAUAUUUGUUAUUUUUAGUUAAAGUUUACUUCUAAAUAAAAUAUCAUUUUUUUAUUGUAACGUUAAUGGCGCGCACUUUUGAAUUAAAAAAAAAACAUUUAACGUCACAUGCACAGAUUACCCGUUUACAACCAGCAGAUAAUCUGUGUCACAUGAC